AAGAGCGGUCCUGGGCGGGGCUAGCGCGCCGUGUGACGGCAUCACCCUGCGCCCCAUGCACCGCCGGCCUUGAUCCCUGUGGUGGAAUCCGGAGGCGCUCAGAAACACAUAAUGUCAAUAGUCCGCUCACCUGUCCAUGCCAAAUGGGUCGUGGGGAAGGUAAUUGGUACAGCCAUGGUAAAAACUGCUAAAGUAAGAGCGACCAGACUUGUUUUGGAUCCCUACUUACUAAAGUACUUCAACAAGCGGAAGACCUACUUUGCCCACGAUGCCCUUCAGCAAUGCUGCGUUGGGGACAUCGUGCUCCUCAGAGCUCUGCCCACUGCUCGAUCAAAGCAUGUGAAACAUGAACUGGCCGAGAUCAUUUUCAAAGUGGGCCGAGUUAUCGACCCAAUCACAGGAAAGCCCUGUGCAGGAACAACCUACCUAGAGAGUCCACUCACAUCAGAAACCACUGACCUGAGCAAAACUCUGGAAGAACUCAAGAUCUCUUCCACAUAGAGAAGAAGGAGCCAGAAGGAUUUCUGUGUCUCCUCUCUGACUCUCAUUACUGACCAUCCAGUUUCUCUUGUGACAUUAAUGAAAUAGUAAAAAGUAAAUGAAGCCAAGAGCUUACGAUGUUC